AUCAUUUGCCUCAAAAAAGAAAACAUUCUAAACGCACGUGGGUUAUUUGUAGCAAAGUUUUACAAUAUUUUAAACAAAUUACACUUAAAAAUGAUUAAAACAAAAAAGCGUUUGUCAGAAAAUGAUAGUGAUGGUCCAGUUAAAAAGAAGUCAACAAAAUUUGAUGGAAUCAAGGGAGGGAAUAAGUCAGCUAAAGAUGGAGGCUUAAUCAAACCAAAUAAAUCCGGAAAUAAACUAAAUUCAGCAGAAAACAAAUCUAAAGGCAAACUUCCGACAAAGGGUUCUGGAAAGCCUAGUUUAAAUAGAUUUGCUGGAAAGCCUGGAAACAAUAAAUUUGCAGGAAAGCCUGGUAAUAUCCGGAAAUUUGAUAAAAAUUCCUCAAGUAAUAAACCAGGAGUAAAGGGCAACUUACCUGCUGAUGGUGAAAAAACCGACUGGCGCAAAUUUAAACAAGAUAAAAAAGAACUGAAACUUAAACGUAAGCAAGCCAAGGACUCGUAUGAGGUAUCGGUGGAAGCUAAACAAAUCUAUGAAAAACUAAAAUGUCGUCGUACGGAAAAGAAAUCUGACCUGGUGGAAAAGCUAUAUAACGUUCUGAACAGAGGAGAUGUGAUAAAAAAGUUAAUAAUGGCACACGACACGGCCCGCAUCAUCCAAUGCAUGCUGAAGUUUGCCUCGCCUACACUUCGUGAUGAACUCUCAGAGAAACUUUUACCGUAUGUUGUUGAAAUGGCGACAUCUAAAUAUUCUCAUUUUUGCGUCUUGCGAAUGUUCAAGUACGGUUCUCCGGCUAUUAAAUCCAAGCUUGUCGACAGUUUUAUGGGAAAUGUGGUACGUUUGGCUGGACACAAUAUAUCUAGCAAGAUUCUUGAUCACGCAUAUCAUACUGUAGCGAGCCCAAAACAGCGGAUAAAUCUUCGACAAGAAUUUUAUGGAGAACUAUAUCGUAAUUCAAAAGAUGAGCAUGUUAAAAAACUCACUGAUACCUACAAAGACUCACUUAAUAUGAAGAAGUCAAUUUUAAGUGCAGUUAAAUCCAACAUCGAUCAUUUGGCUAACAAACAACUGGUAGAUAAUUCCUUAGUACAUGCUGUGAUUUUGGAGUAUUUGGAAGAGUGUGAAGAAGAUAAGAUAGAAGAGACUGUUAGUGCAUUUGCCCCUCUUAUACCUCUCAUGUUGACUACUAAGGAUGGCACUCAAGCCGCUGUUAUAUGUUUUUAUAAAUCUACACCAAAAAAUAGACGAGCUAUUAUAAAGACUAUAAAAGAGCACUUGAUCAAAAUUAGCACGCAUGAGCAGGGACACAUAUUUUUACUUGCAUUAAUAAACUCACUUGACGAUACAAAAGCAACUAAAAAAGCUAUAUAUGAUACCCUACAUCCUGAAUUGGAAACACUGAUGUCAAAUCAGUGGGGUCGUCGUGUGAUUGAAUGGUUUGUAGCCCCAGCUGAUACUAAUUGCUUUCAUCCCAGCUUUAUUUCGAGCGUUGAUGAUGGUUUGCAAUAUGGAAAAAAAGAUAAAAGCUUAAGACGUAAAGAAAUUUUUGAACAAAUCGAAGAGCCUUUAGCAACAACGAUUGCCGGACAUCCGAAUUUUUGGGUCUCUAAUCGUCACAUAGGUCUCGUCACCGCUGAAAUAUUAAAGAAAUUAAGUCAAGAACACUUUGAAAAAGCUACAAGUGCCAUUGCAGAGGUUAUAGUCGAUCCAACAUGGACAGUAACAGUUGAAGAGGAAGGCAAGGUGAAAAAUACAAAGAACGUACAUGAUGUGGAGAAAAUAAUUACGGAGGCUACCAAAGCGAAGAAAGCAAAACGUUUGGCAGCAAAUGCUCAGGACAAAGAAGUGGAAAAUGAGUCAUCCGAUGAAGAAAUCAUUGAAGAAACAACCGCAAUAACUGUACGAGGUAUAGAAGAGCCUGGCAUGCACAUAGUAUUGAAAAAGAUUAUUAAAAACGAUAAAGAACGCUUGGCGCAAAACGUUGAUGCUGAAACAUUUGGUUCAAUUCUGGUUAAGAAAAUUGAUGCUGAAACUCUAAGAAAUUGGAUAAGUAUUAACAGGGCUUGUUUCAUCCUGCUGAACAUUUUCGAGCAAAAUAAUGAAGCUACCAAGUCAGCCUUAAAAGAACUGCUGAAGCCAUUAUGUGAGGAACUUAAAAAGGGUACCGGUGCAGGACAGAAGUUGUUACUAAAUAAAAUCGAGCUGUAAUAGAA